UUUGUUCCACAUUAUGAAGACAAGUGUUCCUCAUUUUGUAGAUGGAAGUUUGAGAGCUAUGAGUUUAAGAAUUUACAGCUGAAACAUUAUGUUUAUGUCUGCCAGAAAAUUUGCACACGUUAGAGUACAAAGGUAUCACAGGAGCUCAUUCGUUUCCGCGGGGAGGUACUCCGGAGGUAAGUCGUUAGUUUCCGCAUUUUCCUGACUGUCCAGCAGUUAGCCAGGCGGCAGGCAGUUCCGACCUUUGCCUAGGAGACAGGCAGACUUCCUGACAAAUAUCCCAGCAACCGUGGCGUGCAUCGGCACUCACGCGCUGCUCCCUCCCAAAGAGGAACCUGUGUUAUCUGUAGACAACAUCGCUGAUAAGUCCGGGAACCUGUACUCAAUGUGAUGUUAUUCCGAAAUCAAUUUCCCCCCUCAGUUAUGGAUAUACAUUAUGAAUGGUACAAAAGACUGCUGCGCUAGGUGAAGGAUAGCAAUACAAAUAGAUUCUAAACCCAGUUUCUGUCGACUGUCAGUUCACAAUAAUGCUACAGCAAGAAGAUUUAACAAUUUGAGGUGGCAUAUGCUGAUUUUUGAGCCAUGGAAGGAGGUAGCAGUGAAGCACAGACAGAACAAUAUACACAGCCACAACAGACAGGGGAUCCAUGUAGCAACAGCUUACGAUCAGAACUCGGCACAAACCUUCUGAGUUCCAAAUCCAUGUUGCUCAGUGUAGAAAAUCAGGACUGUAGGACCAGCAGUUACUCUGGACAUUUUGAUUUUGUCAGUCCUCCAGUUCAGCUAAUUAUAACAUCUUAUGACUCCAAUCCAGAUCCCCCUGAACACUACAACACACAUUUCUUGUUUAAUCGACAAGCCCCUGCCAGGAUUUCUACUUCCCCAACUCUGAGAAGACUGAGAAAAGGCUCCACUAUCCUGAGUUCAUCAUCAGACUUUGCUGUCUCAAGAUUUGGAAGUCGGCAUAAUAUUAAUAAAAUAAAUCCUAGGAAAGAAAAUAAGAAUGUCAAAACUGAAACUUCAAGUCAAUAUGUGUCAUCUUCACAAUGCCAAAUGUACCAGCAGUCGUGUUCUGAAGAGAGCAAGACAGAUAACAAGAAUUCAGUGGAUUCCUUGCUUUCUGGUAUGGUUAUUGAUGGAACUAAAAAUCAGUAUCAAAAUGGUACUUGCUGUACCCAAGGACAUCAGCAGAGUGUACCUGACGAGCAGCCAUCCUUGAUCUGUGAAGAGAAACACGAGCAAAGUACAGAAAUCUUGGAAAAGGAUGUACAGAAACCAGAACGCCGAUCAAAAAGAUUAUUAUCACGGACGCAUAGUUCUUUUAUUGUACACCUGCCAGAACUUGAUGUGUUCCCAGGUGAUCUCUUUAGUUUUGAAGGUGCUGCUGAUUAUGCAAGCUGUUCUAUAAUGACACCAAAUGCAGAUGUAAAGAAGAAAAAGUGGCCUUUUUCAAAAAAAGGAUUUAAUAAAGAAAAACAAAAGCAACUUAUUGAACAUUGUCUUUCUACUAUCAUAAUUGAGGACUGGAGAAAUUAUGAGUUUCAAUUGUACAAGGACAUAAAUUGGAGGGAUGUUCUAAAAAUGCAUGAAAUUAAAUCAGAAGAUGUGGAUAAAACUGACUUGAUGAAACAUGAAGCUGUAUGGGAGCUAUUCAGCAGUGAAUGUACAUACUUUCUUGACCAAAUAAUGGUACUCAAAGAGGUUUUUCUAAAGACCCUGAAAUGCCUGCAGGAAAGUGACUUCCUCCUUGAUGUGGAUUCAUGGCGACUUUUUGCCAACAUGGAUGAGCUGUGCCUGGUAAGCUUUAGUUUUUUGACUCAGCUUUUUAACAUCAUAAAAGACUUCUGGACUCAUGAACAUGUUUCGGCUUCAAUCCUUGCAUCAGCACUUGUACAGCACUUCAGGGAAAUUGUGUGCCACAGUCACCAAAAAUAUUGUCUUCAGUAUUCUGCUGCACUUUUCUACCUUGAAAACCUAAAGCAAAGGGAAGACUUUGAAACCUACGUAAAGUGGUGUGAGCAAAAUGAAUAUUGUAAACGUCUGCAUUUGCCAGAUCUGCUAGUGGCUCCACUUCAGAGAUUUACUCGUUAUCCUUUACUUCUGAAAAACAUCUGGAAGAGAAGUACUGAAUUAAAUGAAAAAGAUGUUAUUUAUGGCAUAGUAGAGCAUGUGGAAAAAGCAAUACGUGACCUAGAGGGUAAGGUUAAAUGGCUGGACAGAUUUCAGAAAGCACGACAACUUCAGGAAAUAAUCGUUUGGCCACCAAUUUGGGAGCGAGACAAGAAGCUCUUUAUUCCAGAGACAUUAAGACAUUUUCUAAAAGAAACACAUACAGAAAACCUGUUGUCUUCCAUAGACAGAGUCCUGUUGUAUGAAGGAAAGUUAGGACUUGUAGAUAAUGCAAAGCUGCUGGAUGUUUAUUUAUUCUUGUUCGAUGACUUCCUAUUAGUCACAAAAAUAAAAUAUAACAAAAAGAAAUCUGGGAAUGUGGAACCAGGAUUAAUGUGUCCAUUAGUAAGUCCAGAACUGCAGUCUCUGGUCAAGGAUGGUGGCUCUUGUAUUGUUCUGGAUCAGCCAAUUCCUCUGGACAGAUUAGUGCUCAAGAAUAUUGACACCUACCAUGCCUUAGCUUGUGGAACACAGAAUGCUUUUUUGAUAUUACUGCAAAAUAGAUACCAGCAGUGUACAGGAGUUUUCUUAUUCCAAGCACAAACUGAAAUCAUAAAGAAAACUUGGAUGACUCAGAUAGAAACAGCAGCUUCAUCCUUUUCAGAAAGAUGCAGCUUACACAUACAAACAGAAUCCACAGAAAUUUAGUGAACCAAAAAUAAAAUAUUAAAAGAAAUUUAUUGAAUCGAACAAUCACCUGUCAAAAGAAUCGACAAGAACUGCUGCACUGUCAUUUUACUGUCACAACAGGGUCAUGUAUUUACUACUUUACAUACAGUGUUUCAAAGCAUGAGUUUUGUUUUACAUUAUUUAUAAACAUGUACAUAGGAAUGAAUUUUUAUAAAGAAUAUUAAAUGAAGUCUGUGGAAAAAACUUCAAAACUUUUUAUACAUGUUUGUACGGCAGCUUUAGAUAUAUAAAUACUGCUUUAAUAAAAUAUGAUAUCAGUGCAGAAAUUGUGUGCUUGUCUGUUUACAAUCAUUGUCAAUACCACAGGUUUGCAGAUUUAAAUAAUGGAAUUUAAGUUUCAUUGUCAUUAGCUGGAUUCCAAAAUUUAUACUGAUGUUUUCUAAGUAUAUUUUUAUGAUAAGGCAAUUCUUGUAUUAUAUAUUAGUAUUUCUGUAAAUCGGUUCAAUGAGUGAUUCCAAAGGUCCAUCACUAAAUAACACAACCUGACAGUACUAGCAUUAAAAUCUGAGAUAAAAUUCAAGUUCUGAGUUAAUGGUCAGGUGUCAAAUAACUUCUGAUUAACACCUGGAUUUUACUGUUGCUUAGGCAGUCCAGAUAUGGAAUUUUGGCAGAUAUCCCAGUAAAAAUGUGAAUAACAGCAGAAGUCUGCAUUAUAAAUGUACUCAAUUCCCUUCCUUUUAGAAGCUGGAAAUAGUUAUUAGUGUUAAAUAAUUCCAGUGUGUAUAAUUUCUCAUGUGAUUUCACAGAAUACAUUUUGCUAAUACCAAAUAAAGUUCAUACUAUAAAACUUAUUGGACCAUCUAAGCAAAAAUAAUCAGUAUAUCUUGUAGCAGAAUUUACUAGAUCAGUAUUGUUGCUAUGUAUGGGCUAUAUUCAGUAUCCUCUAAGCAUGUCCUGUGGACUUGAACUGAGGCAUACCACUCAACUGUCCAGAAUGUUGCAGAAUAUUUAUCUUUUUAUCUCAUAUUUUUGGUUGACUUCUCAUAAAAUUUUUGGGAAUUUUUUUGGCAGAUUAUUAAGGACUGAAGUCUCUAAACCACCCAAAUGUGGUAGGAAACCGGAGCACCUGGAGAAAACCCACUCAAACACAGGAAGAACAUGCAGACCACACAGAAGGCACUCCAGCCAAGAAUCGAACCAGGGAAACUUUUGUUGUGAGGCAACAACACUAAAUGCUGUGCCACUGUGCCAGCUUACUCAUUUAUGUCUGCAUAGUAGUA